AUGACAUCCGCUCCAGAGCUUCAGCAGAAGCUUUUCAAGCGGAUGGGAUUGGAUGUUCCAGAAUACAAACCUUCAAAAAACGGGCGACCUAAGCCCGGUCAACUCACACGAAAAGAGCAGCGAAAGGCACAGCGAGUGCAGAAGAAGUCUCAUACAUACGCAAGGUCAGCCCACGAGCGAUCACAGCCAACAAACCAUGCCCAAAGGAAAUUGAGUGGCCCGCAAAGAAACCCGCCAGUUAAGAAGCCUCAGCCAAGGCCUUCUAAGAAAAUCAGCGAAGAUGAAGAGGACGAGGACGAUCACACUGGAGGCAUGUCCUUAGAUGAUGAUGAUGAUGAUGAUGAUGAUGAUCUGAAUGACCUCAUGGAUGAGAAUGAGGACGAAGACGAAGACGAAGGCGAUAUAGAAAUGGCAUCACCACCUACAAGCACCAACAAGGGCGUUUCAAAGGCUGUACAGGAAAAACUCGCCCAAGAUGAUGCCGAGAUCGAGGCUUUUGAGCGGAAACUAGGCAUCAAGAAGGGGCGGAAAUCACUGCCCCAAUCUUUCAAGGAGGACGGCUUGGGCGACCUUAUGGGCGACCUUAGUGGUGAAGAGGCGUCGAGUGACAACGACAACGAGAAUACCAAGAGAAAGAGCGAAUAUGAUGACUGGCUGGCAUCGAAACGAAGGAAGACAACUGAAACUCAAAUCCGGUCCAAGAGCCGUAAGGAGGACGGCUCGGACCUGGGUGAAGGGUCCGCAGAGGAAGAUGACGAUCUGGACUCAGUGGAUGAGAAUGAGGAUGAUGUUAGCGACUUCAAUGACAAAUCAUUCGAUGGUUUUGACGACGACGGCGACGAUGGUGCUGCAAGCAGCAAGCCCGCCGAACCACGGCAAAGAGAAAAUCCUUAUGUGGCGCCUACUGCUGGAGUUCCGGUUGCGAAAUAUGUUCCCCCCUCGUUACGAAAGACUGCAGGCUCAGAAGCGGAACGCAUAAGUCGACUACGGAAACAAGUACAGGGUUUAAUCAAUCGUCUCACAGAUGCAAAUAUCCUGUCUAUUGUCAAGUCUAUCGAAGAACUCUAUCAAAACAACGCUCGUGGUGAUGUGUCAGACGCCAUUACGGACGCGAUCAUGGCUCAGAUUUGCAAGCCUGAAACCUUGCCGGAUCAAUUCUUUGUACUUACCGGUGGCUUUGCGGCUGCUACAUACAGACUAGUUGGAUCGAGUUUUGGUUCGGUCCUAGUUCGCCGCAUCGUGGAAAACUUUGGAAGUCAUUAUGAGCAAGCCAGCAAGGAACUCAACGCCGAGUCAGCCAUCCAAAAGGAGGCGUCGAAUAUCCUGACACUGCUCACGCAGCUUUACGUGUUUGAAGUUGUUACCUGCAAAAUCAUAUUCGACUACAUGGAAAGGCUUCUGAGCGAUCUCAAUGAGAUCAACGUAGAACUUCUUCUGCGCAUUUGCCGUAUGGCUGGUCGAAUACUGAAACAAGAUGACGAGCGAACACUAAAGCACGUUUCGGGCGUACUUAACCAAUCUGUUUCAAAGGUGGGGUUUAAUAACGUCUCUGCUCGCACGAAAUUCAUGGUUGAGACGAUCACGGAUCUUACAAAGGGCAAGCGCAAGGCUCGGGGUCUGGACUUUACAGUUGUCUCAGAGCAUGUGCAGCGUAUGAAGAAACGACUUGUUGAACUCAAGUCUCAAGCGCGCCGACUCAAUGGCCUCUCCCCUUUGGCCGUGGGCUUGAUAGAUAUUGAGGAGGCCGAAACACGGGGCCAGUGGUGGUUACCAAGUGCCAGUGUGCCAAACACCUUGAUGGACAAGAGUAAGAAAGGGCGUGCAUCCGAUACCGAGAUAAGCGAUCACGAAGACAUGGAUAUCGUGUUACCCGAUUACCCUAAAAAGGCUCGAGCCCAAGGUCUGAACGGAACAGCACAGAUUGCCAUCUUCACAGCCUUGAUGACCGCAUCAAAUUUCGAACACGCCUAUAGGCAAUUCAUCAACCUGAAACUCAAGAAGGAUGAUCAACUGGCUCUAGCAACUGUGUUAGUUCAGUGUGCAGGUAGCGAAAUGCAGUACAAUCCCUACUAUGCUCUUGUAGGAGGAAAGGCAUGCCUGCUUAACAGCAGAAUCAGAUUCGCCAUUCAGGAUCGGCUGUGGAAGAUUUUCAGGAGUCUUGGAGAAUCCAUGUUUGGAGAAGCCCCUGAAGAAGAUGAGACAGCCGACGCUGAACGUAUGAAAGAUGAGAGGCGGAUCACCAACGUGGCCAAAUUCUAUGCGGCCCUUGUUGCUGAUAGCACAUUAACCAUCGCCAUCCUCAAACCCCUGGAACUACCCGAGGCAAACCACUGGGCGUCAAUGUUUGUGCAAUUAUUCAUCAUUGCACUUCUUAAGGAGUGUCGUACCAAGAACAAAAGUUCCGAGGAGAACAUUAGGCUGGAGAAGAUAUUUGGUCCAGCGCGAGAGUUGCCAGGCUUGGCUGCCGGAAUCCAUUGGAUGUUGCGCAAGAAGAUCCGGAAGACGAAGUUGAUCAGUGCUAAAGAAUUAAAGAAGCUGGAGGGCGUUUGCGAGAAGGCGCAGAUUCUUGUACGGCCUGCAGCCAUAGAGAUCUAG